UCUUCCUACCACUCAUCCCGAUAAGCCAAGGUAACGCGGUCCUCACGGCGGACUCCGCUCAUCGUUUUUCCUCCCGCAUCAUGGAAACUGAUAGAAAACGACUGUGACACGUUAUCAGUAAUAAAAAAAAAACCCUAGCUGGUUGAAACUUAACAGUUCGGAGAGGCGGUUGUGUUUCUUUGGAUGGAGAAUUUUGAAUCGAUGGUGAAGACGCUGAAGUCAAGCUGGUUGUGAAGGUGUUUGACCUGUUCCCCCCUGCGCCCCGAGCCGAAACCAUCAUGGCAGCGGGAGUAGCGGCAUGGCUUCCGUUUGCCCGGGCAGCGGCGAUCGGCUGGAUGCCUGUGGCCAACUUGCCCAUGCCGGUCGCCCCCACUGAAAAGAACAAGAGGCAGGACGAGCUCAUAGUCCUUAACGUCAGUGGACGGCGCUUCCAGACCUGGAGGAACACCCUGGACCGCUAUCCGGACACGCUGCUCGGCAGCUCGGAGAAGGAGUUCUUCUACAACGAGGACACCAAAGAGUACUUCUUUGACCGUGACCCUGACGUGUUCCGCAGUGUGCUUAACUUCUACCGCACUGGCAAGCUCCACUAUCCUCGAUAUGAGUGCAUCUCCUCUUAUGACGAGGAGCUAGCUUUCUUUGGCAUUGUCCCAGAGAUCAUCGGGGACUGCUGCUAUGAAGAGUACAAGGACAGGAAGAGAGAGAAUGCAGAACGCCUCAUGGACGACCAGGAGGACAACAAAGACGCCAAGCUGCCCAACAUGACAUUCAGGGAAACCAUGUGGCGUGCAUUUGAGAACCCUCACACUUCCACGAUGGCUCUGGUCUUCUACUAUGUCACUGGUUUCUUCAUUGCUGUCUCUGUCAUCACCAACGUGGUAGAGACGGUGCCCUGCGGCUCAGCGCCCAACAUGAAGGAAGUGCCAUGUGGCGAGCGCUACACUGUGGCCUUUUUCUGCAUGGACACUGCCUGCGUGAUGAUCUUCACCGUGGAGUACCUGAUGCGCCUGUUCGCUGCGCCCAACCGCUACCGCUUCAUGAGAUCCGUCAUGAGCAUCAUUGACGUGGUGGCCAUCCUACCCUAUUACAUCGGGCUGGUGAUGACUGACAACGAGGACGUGAGCGGGGCUUUCGUGACGCUGCGGGUUUUCCGGGUGUUCCGUAUCUUUAAGUUCUCCCGUCACUCGCAGGGCCUGCGCAUCCUGGGCUACACGCUGAAGAGCUGUGCCUCGGAGCUGGGGUUCCUGCUCUUCUCCCUCACCAUGGCCAUAAUUAUCUUUGCCACUGUCAUGUUCUACGCAGAGAAGGGUUCAACCUCCAGCAAAUUCACCAGCAUCCCAGCCUCCUUUUGGUACACCAUCGUUACUAUGACAACGCUCGGAUAUGGCGACAUGGUCCCAAAGACGAUUGCAGGAAAGAUCUUUGGCUCAAUCUGCUCUCUGAGUGGGGUGUUGGUAAUUGCCCUUCCUGUUCCUGUCAUCGUGUCCAACUUUAGCCGCAUCUAUCACCAGAAUCAGAGAGCAGACAAGCGGCGGGCGCAGAAGGUUCAGAAAGCUCGCCUUGCCAGGAUACGACUAUCAAAAACAGGAAGCUCGAGUGCCUUCCUCCACAGCAAGCGCAACGGCCUGUUCAAUGAAGCACUCGAGCUCACGCAACUUCCAUACAAGAUGAACCUUUCAGAUCAGGGUUCCACUGAGGACGAGAAGCGUUUGAGCAAAUCUACCUCUCUAAUAGAGAGCCAGCACCACCAUCUGCUGCACUGUCUGGAGAAAACCACAAACCACGAGUUUGUGGAUGAGCAGUAUUAUCAGCAGAGUUACCUGGAAGCGGGGCUGCAGAACUAUCCGUCUCGAAGCCCUUCGUUGUCCAGCCAAGACGGCGUGACAGGGUCGUGCUGCACUCGGAGAAGCAAGAAGCAACACCACACCCCUUUACCGAACGCCACCGCUCCAGCACACAUGCAGCCUUUGAAACACACUCACACACACCCACAAGGCUUGCAGGAGCUCAGCACCAUCCACAUCCAGCCCCUAAGUACCAGCCGCUCCAGUUUAAACAUGCGCGUAGAUGAGCCAGCUCCUCUGAACUGCCAGAGCAGCCAGAUCACAACAGCAAUCAUCAGCAUUCCCACCCCGCCAGUGACGACUCCGGAAGGCGACGCUCACCUGCCCGCCGCUCCCACCCUGCAAAAUGUGGUGAAGGUGUCUGCUCUGUGAAGACUAGACUGCAGCAGCGCCGCACCAACAGACAGAGAAAGACUCACAGAAGCAGACCGAGAAGGACUAACUAUGGUGGAAAGGGCUUUCAGAGACGGAUUCUGGCCCUGGUGGAGCCUGCCCCCUGCUGGUGAAGUGUUGCAUUGGCACGGACUCCCCUGUACACAUGGAGGAUGGACUUCAGGCGCAGUAUCUUCAUGUUAGUGGUCGGCAGUGUGUUCGUAUGUGAAUGUGUGCGUAAAAAGAACAAGACAGAUGGAUAGGGAAUCAUUUAGGAAGAGGACUGUGUGCCUCUAAGUGUCAGAGGUAAGUUCCCAGAGUUAGUUGUGUGUCACUGUGCACAAAAGCACCUUUUUAUAAGUCAUGCUUGAGUUUAAGACAGGGAGUACAGAAGAGGGAAUGAGGGCAACUCAAAGAAAAAGGGAAAUAAAAAAAAUAACCCCCCCUUUCUGAUUAAUGCCUUUGAAAUAGAGUACUGCCCGUUUCAGCCAUUUUGGUCUACAAACCUCCUUUUCAGGUCAAACAUUAUUCCACUUUAGCGUAAUUUCUUAAAAACCCAAAAAGCAGUAGGUGUCAGUGUGAUGGCAUUACCAGUGACUGUGAAUGAGUGUUUGUAACUUUAAGAUAGAUUGUAAGUUGUUCCAUUUCUGAAAGGAGGUGUGUCUGCGUGUGUUUGUGUGUGUGUGUGUUUCUCGGUUGAUUGAAAACUUGUAUUUCAGUUCUUCUGGAAGUAUCUAUGGCUCAGUAUAUAAUAGUAUAUAACUAGCUGCCACUUCGAAGGGUUCUUUGCACAUAUUUCUGUCAAAAAAUUCUCAGCAGCAAGGGUUUCACUCAGUUUGUGCAUAGUUUGCAGCACUAAGUAUUGUUUUCUUUUUUACUUUGAAUCACCACCCAUUUGUUUUGGCUCCAAAAGCCCAAAUGGCCUCAAAAAACGCAAUUUAUUUUGCAAACAAAGCAAAAAAAAAAAAACUUACUUUAAAUUCAAAUCUACACAACGAAAAGCACAAAGCAUUUGCUGAGAAUUUGCUGACAAAAAUCUGCCCUGAGCCUGUGAUCUUUGUGAAUAUUGUUAAUAGAAUAUUUUGUAAUAUUUGACCAUCGUUUGGCAGAAGCAGUGAGUCUGUCCUCUUGUUCUUGCUCUCCUCUCUACAUCCUUCUCUCUCUUGUUGUUGUCCUGUUGUAUCCCUGACAUCUGUGUGAACAACAGUAUGCUUUCAGUAGUUUUUAUAGCCGUCGACAUUUUUUAUUUUCUUCCCUAAACUCAGCGAGCGUUUUUCAGAGUUGUUGAGUAUAUGUACGUAAUCUGUGUGGUAAGCAAACUUGGUGUUUGUACUUUUUGUCCUCCUCGAUGUUUUAAAGGAUUUCUUUUUCACUUUAUCUUCUGGAGACUUUACAGUAGGCAAAUCUGUUGUAAAAAUGACCGCAGGGACAUAAAAAAAAAAAAAAAGUACUAGAUGAACCAUCUUUUGGCCUUUUUCCAUACUGAAUGUAAUUUGUAGGUUUCAGCAGCGAUACAGUCAGUUGUGUCUUCAAAUCAAUGAGACCUCUGUCAGGAGUUCAUUACAACAGGGAACACCAGCUAGAGUUGCAGCAGACUAACCGCCCACCUCUGCAGGUUAAAGGCUCAUAUCAUAUUUUGACUUCUCCUUUUCAAUUUUGUUUGCACUUGUAGCUGCCGCCAACUCUGUCAGAGAUCUUUGUUGUCGUGUUCACUUGAAGCCAAGAUCUCAGUUGUUUCAAUAGCCUUGGGGGAAAACAUCUUUAAACAGAGAAACUGCUUUUGGUGUGUGAUUAGAAAACAGCCCUCUCUACAUAUUUACUUGAACAAGUUUUACCCACUUACAAAGCAACAAAGAGCAAACAGUGCUCACUCAUUUAUGUUUCCAUUAAACAACUCCACUUAUAUUUGACAUAUUCUAAUAAAAUGUGAGAUUUUUUUGUCAAGAAAGGAAUUGUUUUCUGAGGUUCCAGGUGAAACAUAAUUGCCCUUUUAGAGAGGUGUGGUCCCAAAGGUUAAUCUGUGCUAUGAAAUGUCUUACCUACUUAAAAAGCUGGUAAAAAAAAAAAAAAAAACUGUGAUUUUGUUAUGAUUCAGAUUUUCAUGAUUUUUAGGUUUUCCGACUCAAAAUUUUGCUAUUUGCCCUUUAAACAUGGUGAUUAAGAGCACAUACACUAAGCAGCAGAUUCAUGUCUGACUUUUUAAAAGCAAUACUAGAACUGCUGGAGUAUCUGCACCCCUGUAGAUUGUUUUUAUUUCUGCAGAAGUGAACUCUUUAAUAACACCCAGCGUCGUAUUAGAACAUUACUUUAUGAAACGUUAGGUCAACUUGUCUCUUCUGCUCUACGUCAGUUCUAACUCCUCCAGAGAUGAGUAACAACCCAAAAAAGCUUAUUCUACAAAACUGCACCAAAAUGUGUUUUACUUCUGGUACUUAUUAAUAUUAACCUUGCUCUGAGUAUGGUAACUUUGGGCACAAAGAUAACCGUCUAGAUCCACUAUUUGCAUUUAGUCAAAAUGGCCAUAUUGAAAAUUACAAGCACAGACACAAAACAUUUUUGUUAUAUUUAAAAAAUAAAUAAUAAAUCAAUCAAGAAAUUAACUUCACAUUAAGAAGCUUAGAAUCUACUGGAAUGGAGCAGAACAGGUGAGGCAGAAGUAAAACUCCCUGUUUUUGCUGCUGGGGCGAUUUAAAAAAAAAAACUUGAUUCAUUUGCUGCUGCUCGUUCUCAGAACAGGUUAUUUUACGUCAGCUCUACUUUCAAUAGACACCGAUUGACAUUCUAUGUAAGCAUAUGACACACUGGAAAUGUCGAAGGGACGCAUUUUUAUUUACAAGCAACAAAGAUAGGUUUGUGGUUGUGUCCGUCUCCGUUACGUACUCUUCUCUCUCUCCAGGCUCAGUCUCCCCCUUACUCUUUGCUUUGCCCUCCUAUGCCACCUGUUGUUGUUGAGACUACUGCUGUGCGUAACUUGUCAUGUGUUGGAUAUUAUUUAUGACCUUGUCUUGUGUCCCAACUGUGAAACGCCUGAUAAAACAUCUAUAUCUGCCACAAAAACCUGUAGUCUGUGGGGUUUUUUCUUCACCUUCUAACCCUGUCUAUAAGUCCAAGUGUGUGACUAGCAGGAAAUGGCAAGAAGACAGAGCUUCACUGCUUUUUUUUUCUGCUUUUCCAUAAGUGCAGAGUGGUAAUCAAUGUUUUCAUCAAAGCAUAGGCUAUUACUUUUAAGUGGUUUCUUUGGAUGGAGGAGAAGGGUCUCUGAGAGUUCAGCCAAAACUUUGGGUCAUACUUGAGUUGCUGCACAAAUUGAGUCCCAUAUGCACAGUGCAGAUGAGCAAAAUUUGUCUAAAGUGAAAUGUUUAUUGGUUUUCCUGGUGAAGACAUGUAGAAGCAAGAGAAUAAAUUAAUAUUUGACUGCAGUGCCAUAAUUUCACUCUAGCACAAAUCUAAAUAUGAGCUAAAUAAAUCUGAGCUUUUUCUGUCCUUACAUCACAAGUGCCCUGGGUGAAGAUUCCUACAUGCCAGCUGGAACAUUACGCUAAGUUAAAAUGAACCCAUGAUUGAGCUUUUCAACAGCAAACACUUCAGCUUGGUUUGGCAAAUAAAUACAUGGAAAAGUGCAAGAGGAGGAGCUACGAUGCUGUGAGCCAGUUUCUCUCCUAAUGGGAAUAGAAUCCUUCUUAGUAAGGAGGAGAAAGAAUCACAGGAUCUUUACCUGGACAUUUGUCUGUCAGAAAUCUGAAAUUGGGUCCUUAUCCAAAAGCAUUUGGCUAAUUCUAUACAGACUGACCAGACUACCUUCUACUAACGUCUCAGCUUUUAGGUGAGAACAUAGGUCAGCAUGGUGCAGAGAGAACUGAUCAAAAAUCUGCUUGUCUGUAUGAUCCAGCUUUGAGAAAUAUUAUAGGUUAAAAUCAAAGAGCAAAUGCUGUCCUCUUUGCAGAGGGGGGCAGCAAGUGGUGUCAGUCAUUUUACCUAAAAUUAUUUGCUAAAUAAUUAAAUGUAAUUUCGGUGACGGUUGGAUUUUUCUGAAUCGUUCAGUCCAAGAUUAGGUUUCUGCAAAAAGUUUUCCUUUUAAUCACUUUCACAAGAGAGGUCAAUAAAUGUGGAGGUAUUUAUAAUAUAUACUCCUGUUCAACUAUAGAAUUUAUUGGCGGAACAUUUCGCAGCUACAGCCCUCAGCAUGGUUGAUAAAGCAUUUGUGAAUCAUUGUUGGUAAUGACUCAGAUCGGGUAAUGACAGUGACUUCAGUCGUCUUCAGGUUCACCAACAUCUUGAAAAAAACUGCUAGAUUUGCUCUCUAUGAAACUAAGAGGGGAUAACUUGUGUUUGAUUCAUGUGAGAAAGCAUGUUUAAUGUUUCCCGCUUUUGUGUGAAGAGCAUUGGCUUCUUUACAACGUCCAGCGUACAACUGCAUAGAAACAUUCCAGGACAAGAUCACAAGACUUUUAUGUGGAGGAAGUCGUUGUCCAGCAGGGAGGCAGUGGCCUGCUGAGAUGACCCUGCUGAUGAAGGAGCAGGGACACUGCCGGCCUCAGCUGGACUCCAGACUGUCGAUGUUUCCUUAAACCUUUGAUUGUGAGCAGAGUGGACAACAGAAACUAAACAGCACUCUGCAUGCUCCCUGUCUUACUGUUAUGUACUUGACUCGGUGUGUAAAUGACAUGUUCAGUUACAAUUUAUUUCUGUCAGAAUAAAUAAUUAUUUCUAAAUUA